AUGGUUUGUGACGCAGCAGGACAAACCUAUCCAUUGAAUCUCAUUUCACAAAACCAUGGCGAUGGUGUGGAGGACUAUUACAAGAGUUACUAUUGUGGAAAUUGGCAAUGUCAAGUUUCUACUAUCGUUUUACCAUGAAAGGGAUAUUGUCGUGUUAUCCAACGGGGCCACGGUCAUUUGAACAGAAUGAGGUGGUUAUGUGGCUUUUAGAGCAGAUUGAUAGACCUCUUGAGGUGAGUUAGGGUCAUGCUGAUUUUUGGGUUCUGGUUCACAAUUUACUCCUGGGUUGCAUGACGGAAAAAGUUGCACAUGAAAUUGGAAAUCUGCUGAAUUAAGAUUGAUGAACAAGCACUUGAAGGUGUUUGGAGGUCAAUAUUGCGCAUCAGGGUGACCAUGAACAUUAAAAACAUCAUGGGUAGAAGAUUGAGGGUGAGACAGGAAGGUGACAAUUGGCUAUGAGCAAAUCUCAGGUAUGAGAGACUCUCAAAUUUUUGCUUCAAUUCAUCUAUGGGGGUAUUAGGACAUGCUGAUCAGUUAUGUUCAACUAACACUCAUUCUGGACCAUGGAUUGGAGAGAAGCCAUAUGGGGCUUGGCUAAGUGCAAAAAUGAGAUGAGGGGUGUGCAUCAUGGGAAUAUGUGGAUGAUCCCUAGUGGAAGCAGAACAAGGAUGUGGCUUGUGGAGACAAAAAAAAUGAACAAGAAAAUCUGGGAUAAUUCAGAGGAGACAGACAUUUAUAUGGUUGAAGGUUUACUCUCAAAAGGUAAGGCACUAGCCAUCUAUUUAUCAGGAGGGAGAACCAAGAAAGCGCAUGGUGAUAGAGCCGAUCAUUGGAGAAGGCAUCCAAGCAAGAAUGGAAGUGGAUGGUGAAGACCCGAAAAACGUGCAGGAGUUGCUUUCCGGAAGGCACCGCCUAAACCAUUCGCGGGACAUAUUGAUCAGGAAGGCGGAGGUCGCAGGGGGUGGAGGGAAGGACAUCUCAUUAUCUUUGGUGGUGACUGGACAAACCGCAAGCUCCUUCCGGGAGGUUGAAAAAACUGCACAUUUAUUUUAUUUUUC